GGGAGAGCUGAGAGCUGUCUGAGCCGCUCCGCAGCCGCUGCCAGCAUGAGCAAGGGCAUCUUGCACACGCUUAGAACGAAAAAAGAACUCAUUCCCCUGGCCGGAAUAUUGUCCUUCGCAGCAGCUGGGGCGUUCUCUUUUUGUAUCUAUUCCCUCUUCCACAAAUCUGAUGUGAUCAUUCACAAGAUUGGCAGUUCAGAACCAUGGGAAACUAUUGAUCCUACCAAGCCUCAGAAGCUGGUAACAAUCAAUCAGCAGUGGCAACCUAUAAAAGAGCUGGAAGAGGUGAAAAAGCUGACGAAGUGAGAAGUUUCUGUUGCCUCCCAAAGGUACCCUAUGAAUCUAGUGGAAUCAUUUCUGCACAAACUUGACUACUGAAAUCAGUGUGCGGAAAUGCUUCUGCUACAUUUUUAGGGUCUCCCUACAUUUUUUUGGCCUCUGGAUGAGGAGUUUGAUGUUGCUUUAGAAGCUGGCAUACAGCAUCCACAUAGUCCAAAAAUCUGAAUCAAAAUAAUCAUUUUCAAUAAGCAUUUGAUGUAAAUUUUUGAGUAUUCAGAUGGUGAUUAUGGAUCAAAAAAGCCUUUAUAGUUUUUGUAGAAUUUCAGGAUUUGUUUCAAAACACAUUAGUUUUGCCAUUUUAUUAAUUUUUAAUAAAAUAAAUUCUAAAUUUUUACAUUUCAUGUAAAUUCAAAAGCCUUUCUAAAUUGGGAAUCCUAGUCUCCUUUCAGAGAGACUGAACUUUCUGUUCUGUAUUUCAAUGUUGUAUGGAGACUAAAGGCAUAACCAGAGGAUGUCUUUGUAUGGCAGCAUAUGUGGUCAUACAGUGCACUUGCAUUCCUUGUCUCUGUUAAAUGUGAGAACAGAUUAACAAAACUAAUGUUGUGCUGCAAAUAUUGAAACUUACACACUGAGGAGUCCAAUAGGUUCUUUAACCUUCUUAUUUAAUUCUAAUUGUAUUUGAGACUGCAGAUUUAGAACAUCAAAACCUAAGGGUUAAGCAUGGCUAGAAGGAAAAUGAAAAUCAGGUAAAUAUUGUUCAUGAUUAAAUGUCUUUGAAGUUACUAGAAUUAGAAAAUCUGCAUCAUCCAAAACUACACAGUGUUAAUUUCUUAUCUUUGUGCAAGGUUGUUCAAGUGCAAGCUGCAAUGUACUGCACAAUUAACAAUAUUUUUAAAGAUUUCUACGUGCUAUUAGGUAUAUCUCUUUUAUCAAAUAGAAACUAGCUGAUUAAAAUUAGGAAUGAUUCUAUGAAGAGGCAGUUCCUCUUUAAGCUUCUGUGUGUUUGAUCAUGGGUUGGCCAGGGAAAGAAUGUAAUGGGCAGGGUCCCAGUAAAGUCAUCCCUUUCUGCAAGGAAGGGAGCAAAAGUGAAACAAUUGCUAAUUGGGAAAAGUCCCCUUAAAUGAGUAAUAGUCAAGUGCUUUAGGUCAUUCUGCUGCAGCAAAGACAAGCUUCAUUUAGAAAAGCUGUCUCCUUAAUUCCAAGGUGGCUUGGCUUCAGAAGCUGUUUUCUUCAACUGAGAAAAAAAAUAAUCUAAAUGUUGCAUAAAUAUUUGUUUAUCUAGUAAGGAUGACUCAGCAACAUUUAUGUUUUAGAGUGAGAGGAACUACUAGUCUUCAGAAUAAGCUUGUGUUUAAGGAAUGACAUUACAAGAAGAUUGAAUAUCAUAGAACCACAAAAAUACAGAGCUCUGAGGAAUACAAGUUUUAAGUAUUUUAAAACAGAAUAUUUUAAAAUCUUUCUGUGUAUUUCUACUGGACUGUAGCAAAAACAAAAUGCCAUGCUCCAAGUUGAUGCAUUAAUUGUUCUUCAAUAACUCACUUUUUUUAGCUGCAAAUACUAUGACCUAAGUAUCUGUCAACAUUGGAAUAAUAAAUGUAAGUAAAUUUUAGUUAAUUUUUGUAUUUAGCCACAUUUCAGUGAUGUUUCUAGUAGCACAUUUAGCAGUGUGACUGCUGUCACACUGUGUGACUGCUGUCAUAGGUUGUUGCUUAUUUUAUCAUGUCCUGAAGCAUAACAGCUGUGGUAAUAAAUCUGUUUUCCUUUGUAA